CCGUCCUCGUCGAACCCACUUCUAGAUAUACCGUGCAACGUGUGUGGAGACAGAAGUUCAGGGAAACAUUAUGGAAUAUACAGUUGUGACGGUUGCUCCGGUUUCUUCAAGCGGUCUAUCCACAGAAAUCGUGUGUACACGUGUAAAGCGGGAGGCGAGAUGAAGGGAAGAUGUCCAGUGGAUAAAACACACAGGAAUCAGUGCCGAGCGUGCCGUCUCGCGAAAUGCUUCCAAGCCAACAUGAAUAAAGAUGCAGUCCAACACGAGCGUGGCCCUCGUAAGCCUAAGUUGCACGCUGGAGCGUUGAGCUCGCUGCCACCUCCGUCGAUGACGCACGCUCAUAAGCCGCAGGUCCUCAAGCUGUCACCGCCCUCGCCGUAUGCGCCACUGUCACUUCCACAGCCGCUCAACUUUCAAUUCAGCUUAAGAGGUAUGAACGAGCCGGCUCCGCUCAGCGCGGCCUCGUCAGCUGGGUCUAGCGCCGCUGGAACUGGCGCUUGUAGCCCGUUACCGCUCGUGCCGGACUCGUUCCUACCACCACCGCCUCCAGGACUACUACACAUUUUAAUGUCUACCGAUAAAUGUCAUGAACUGAUGUGGAGUGCCAAGCAACUUCAGCUUCAAGGCGAUCCGACGUUAUUACGGCCCCCGCCCAGUGCAUUUGGUGCUCCUUUAGCCCCAACAUGGGAACUUCUGCAGGAAACAAGUGCUCGUCUCUUAUUUAUGGCGGUCCGGUGGGUGCGGUGCCUGGCGCCCUUCCAAGCGUUAUCACCGUCAGAUCAACUGGUUCUACUUCGAGCGGCAUGGAAGGACUUGUUCUUGUUGCACUUGGCGCAGUGGUCGGCUCCUUGGGAUCUCGCGCCGUUGUUAUCGGCUUCGGCGGCCAGGGCUCGCCUGCCCCCUGAUCCCCUCGCGGAUUUGGAACUAAAUACUUUACAAGAGAUUUUGUGCCGAUUUCGUCAAAUAGCACCUGAUGGCAGCGAAUGUGGGUGCAUGAAAGCGAUUGUACUAUUUUCACCAGAUACAGCCGGACUUAGUGAGACCCAACCAGUCGAAAUGCUUCAAGAUCAAGCACAAUGUAUUCUAGCAGAUUAUGUGCGCACUAGAUAUACCAGACAACCUACCAGGUUCGGUCGCCUCCUGCUGCUGUUACCGUCGCUCCGCGCUGUGCGAGCGCGUUCCAUCGAGCUCCUACUGUUCCGAGACACAGUCGGCGACGUGUCCGUUACCACACUGCUACACGACAUGUACCGAAUGCAACCGGCACCAGCGCCCCCGUUCCACGCUCCUCAUCCCCACACGACAACUGAACAUUGUUCAUCGCCGUAA